GGGAUGUGUGAAAGAGUGAUAUGGAUCACAAAUGUAAAUAGAAUUAAUUUCGUUUAAAAACUGUAGAUGUUCGAUAAUAACAAUCAAAAAUGUUUAACGAUGUUUUUGGCAGCAUUGUCGUCGCAAUUCCAAUUGUAUUACAAUCUUUAUACUUUAACACAGCAUGUAUUCUUCGCUUUGACGCCGCUGUCGUUGCAUUCUCCAAAUUUCGAUGUUCGCAUCUCUUACAUAACUUAACUAGUCAGAUAUUCAUCGAUGAAGCCGGUUCUACCUUUUUAUCUUUAUCGCAAUUAGGUGUUCGACCACAAAGUGCUUGUAGGCCAUGCAUGUGUGGCUUACAGGAUAGACACAUCACCGUUUUCGUUGGUUUAUUUCAGCCACCUUCUUUGAACAUUAUAGAGUCGAGCCUAUGUGUAGUUAUGGGGCUUUUACAUGACCGUUCUGAGUUGAGAGGCGUUGUUUACCUUUUCACCUUGACUGAAAAGAAAGAAAGCAAAAAGAAAGAGAACAUCCGCUUUUUGAAAUUGGUAGCUAGACGCGCUGGUUAUUGCUCCUAA